AUCAAGGGAGACAAAUCAUGAUGAGCCGGCGAGUCAUGAUGCGUACGCUUGUAUAUUUGUUGUUGAUUUUAAUUCAUUUCAGCGAACAUGUUGCGGGGGAUAUUGUAGGAUGUGGAGGAUUUGUCAAGUCUGACGUUGACAUAAAUUUUUCUUUGGUUGAGGUAAAGCUGUAUACACCACACGGCAGCAUCAAAUACCAGACUGACUGCGCCCCAAACACAGGCUACUACCUCAUACCCCUCUAUGACAAGGGGGACUUUAUACUGAAAGUGGAACCCCCAGCAGGGUGGACAUUUGAACCAGCAAAAGUAGAGCUCAAGGUGGAUGGGGAGACAGACCCAUGUAGUCUGGGACAAGAUAUCAACUUUGUCUUCACUGGCUUCUCUCUAAAUGGAAAGGUGAUCAGUAAAGGGCAGGUGUCGGGACCUGCGGGAGUACCAGUGAACCUACACAAGUCUGGAUCAACGGAGGUUCUGCAGACUGUUCAGACAACCAAUGAUGGAAGCUAUCAGUUCACAAAAGUGAUGCCAGGAAAGUAUGAUGUUAAAGCACAGGCAACAAAUUAUCGAUUUGAAAAGUCAGAAACUGUUGUUGAACUUAGUCAGGGCAAUGGGGAGGCUGGCAGCAGCUUGGUCAUUGCUGGGUAUGCAGUAACGGGGAAGGUAGUCAGCGAAGGUGAACCAAUCAAGGGAGUUAACUUCUUGCUGUACUCUGCAACAGUCAGUGCUCAGAAUGUGUUGGAUUGCGACAAGUCUACCGUGUCUGGUCAAGGAAAGACGGAGAACUUUGACCCUCUUUGUCACGUGACGUCGGACACCAGUGGCAAGUUUGUCUUCCCUUGUCUGCCCACCGGGGACUACUAUUUGAUUCCAUUCUACAAAGGAGAGCACAUCACAUUUGACGUUGUACCUGAGAAGCUCCCAUUUCAAGUGGAGCAUUCAGCACUUCAGCUAAAAACUACAUUCCAGGUGGCAGGUUUUUCAGUGUCUGGCCAGGUGUUACAUUCAGUUAAGGGUCAGGGUAUUAUAGGGGCCAAGGUCCUGCUGAACGGCCAGCUAGCCACCACCACGUCUGCAGACGGUGUCUACCACCUCGAGAAUAUGAAGACUGGGACUUACAAACUGCUUGUGCAGGCUGAUCACAUGACUUUCCUCGAGCGCGAGAUUAGGAUCACGCCAAACACCCCUCAGUUACCUGACAUAUUUCCCGACAGUUUCAGCCUGUGUGGCACGGUCACCAUUGAAAAGUUCCCGGACAGUCUCGUUUCCCCGGUAACCAAGCGUAAGAUGAUCAUAUUCCCGGAGGGCAAGGGGUCAGCGGCUGUUUCCAAGGAGACCGAUGAUAGUGGACACUUCUGUACUAGCGUACAGCCGGGGAAAUACAUCGUCAGGGUCCAUAUUUCUGAUGUUGAAGUGAAAGCAGGUCUCACUAUAGCACCCGCUGAGCAGCUGGUAACCAUUAUCGACCGGCCGGUGCUUGACAUUGUGUUCUCACAGUUUAGGGCCAAGGUCACCGGAUCUAUAACUUGUAUAGAGAAGUGCGGCCCGGUAGAGAUAUCUCUGGACGCUGUUGGCAGAUCAGACAAGCAGAUUGCUCAGACGCAAGGAAAUCAGAAGCUGAGCUCAUUUGUAUUUGAAAAUGUUCUUCCUGGUAAAUACAAAGCGACUGUGAUGCGUGACAAUCUGUGCUGGAAGGACAAGACCAUCGAGUUUGAAGUAACCAACAGCAACAAGAAUGACAUCAACUUUGUGCAGACGGGAUACAUUCUCAAGUGUACCAUCUCGCAUCCCGUAACUUUGCACUUUGCCCAGGACCAGCGUCAGGACACAGUGGGCUCGUUUGAGCUGAACAAGGGCAAGAACCGCUUCUGUCUGGCCCAACCUGGACUGUACCAGCUGAGACCAGACUCCUGCCACAAGUUUGAGAGGGCUGUGUACUCCUAUGAUACGUCCAAUCCAGAGACACUUACACUAACUGCGGUUUCACAUCUGGUCCUGGGUACCAUCACAACGGAGCAACCAGUCAAAGACGUCAUUGUAACGGUGGAGUCUCUUCAUGACCAGUCAGUAACCAGUCUGGGACCUCUCAGUACGGAACAACCAGCCUUAACUGGGAACCAGUCAACAAUGGAAAUCAAGGGACCGCAGACGUACAGGUUUUCUCAUUGGGCCAAGACUGGUGAAGCCCUGAAGGUCAGCGUGAAAUCCUCCGAGAUGUUGUACAAGCCACCCGUCAUGCAGGCUACUGUAUCCGGAGAGUCAUGUCCCGGUGAGAUGUUCAAGUUCGUGGGAGAGCGCGGUCAGUUCAUUGUCGGUCAUGUUGUACCCAAACUCACCGGAGUGAAGAUUGUAGUGAGCGACCCCAAGGGAACCAUGGAACCUGUUGUGGAUUAUACGAGUGAAAAUGGAGAUUUCAAGAUUGGGCCACUGCACAAGGGUCACGAUUUCGUCGUUGUGGCGGAGAAAGAAGGCUACGUUAUGGAGAAGGAACCCGGAGAGUCGGCGGUGUUCCGUGCCAGGCAACUCAGCCGCAUAGAGGUCAAGAUAACAGAUGAUAAAGGUGCCCCACUGUCCGCUGUGCUGCUAUCACUGAGUGGGGAGAAACAAUAUCGCAGCAACAACCUGACCCACGAAGACGGUAUCAUGAUCUUCAUUGGACUGAGUCCAGGCCAGUAUUUCUUGAGGCCGAUGAUGAAGGAGUACAACUUUGACCCCGUGUCACGCAUGAUUGAUGUCACAGAAGGGACAACAGUCAAAGUGGACAUACGAGGGUCCAGGACCGCCUACAGUUGCUAUGGAGCGGUGACCUCACUGAAUGGUGAGCCAGAGCCAGGUGUGUUUGUGGAGGCCCUCGGAAAGGACGAGUGUUCAAUGUACCAGGAGGAGUCCAAAACUGAGCCCAACGGACAUUACCGCAUCCGUGGAUUGCAGCCCAAUUGUAGGUACGAGGUGCGCCUCAAGAUUGGGGACAUGAACAAACACAUUGAGAGAGCUGCACCCAAGUCCAGGCUAGUUGUGGUGGAGAAUGCUGAUUUCAAUGGCGUGGACAUUAUUGCGUUCAGACGGAUGAACCAGAUGGACAUCAGCGGUAAUGUGAUUACCGACCCAGAAAAUCUGGCAACACUAAAGGUGCGUCUGUACCGAGAAGACAACCCUGGCGUUCCCUUGACAACGGUCAACCUCGGAGUGGUCAGCUUCUUCUACCUGCCCUCACUACAGAUGGACGAUGCGACAUACAUCGUGAAACUUGAAAGCACGUUGUCCAAGACAAGUUACGAGUUCGACCAACCAGAAAUCGAACUCAAAGCAAAUCUCUCAUAUAAGCACAUCACAUUUACCUUUAAGCCUAAGAGGAAGACACUUGAACAAGAGUUAAACCAGAGCUCCGUACUUAUGCUGCCCUUCACCGUGCUAGUCAUUGUGGCCCUGUACAACUACCAGAAGUUACUUCCCCUGGGUAAGCAGCUUUACAGUCAGGUGCAGGUUGCAGUUCAGAACCGACAGAAUGCAGCACUCUAUCAGCAGCAGGCUCAGCAACAUGAGCAGCAACAGCAGCAAUACUCACUUUUACAUGAUCUCGAUGAUUCGCCGAUGGUCCGGAAAAAAUCGAAACCACGAAAAACUUGAAAUGCAACAUUUUCUAUAGGCAGCUUUAUUUCUUACGAAUGUAAUAAUUAUACAUGUAGUCAUGAAAUUUGAAUAUUCAAGUUUGUUUAUAUGAAAAUAAAUCAUUAGUUUCAUUGAUAGCAAAUUAACCAUUUCAAUCUAAAUUUGUUCUUGACUUGACAAAUAAAUGUAAAUGAGCUUGAUUUUUUCCUAUUUUUUUGUAAUAAUUAGAGGUGGAUUUAAAAAAAGAAACGCAUGUUGAUCUAGUGGUCACAUUAUUUGUUUGUGUAGUUUCUUUGGACAUAAUAUAAUAAAUUAUUGGUUACUGUAUUAUGUUUGGUAUUUAAAGGGGCCUUUUCACAGAUUUUGACAUGUUUUGAAGUUUUUCAGUAAAUUCUUUAUAUUGAUAAUUGUUAACGUUGGAUAUAAAAAGCUCCAGUAAAAAAUCAAGAAUAAAAUUUAAAAAAGGAAAAAAAGGUAAACUCUAGAAGGGCUCGAACCACUGACCCAUGGAGUCCUGGAGUAAAAAGUCUACGACUUAGACCACUCGACCAUCCUUCCGGAUACAAUUCCAGGCGUAUUUUAAACCUUAUAUAAUCAAUCCUCGUAGCAACGACAACAACAGAACUUUCCAAAUUAUUAAUUCGUUUCGCGUUGCAACACUUUAUAAUUUUUGGGUUUUACAAUCGUCAAAAUAUGCAUAUAAUGGCUAUUUUAGAGCAUGGUAAAUGUUCAGUUUUACGGUUUCCUCACAAAUAUCAUAACUUAAACGAAAAUUUACAAAUCUGAAACAACUUUUUUGAAUUUUGUCAUUUAACCCAAACGUGAAAAGGCCCCUUUAAAAGUUAUAUGUAAAGAAAGUAAAAGUGCAAUUUUGUGUUCAAUCAUUUACAAGAUAUCCAUUAUUUAAGUCAUAAGCAUAAUUUAAGAUUUGUAUUAAGUAUUUUAUGUAAAAUUGAUUGGAUCCACUAAAAACGAUGUUACUCAAUCAGAUAUUGAUAACUUUAAACAAAUAUAACAGACAGAAAAAAAAGAUGUUUCUGUGUUGUCUAAAUUUGUAUUCUAGAUGUCCUUAGUUUGAACAACAGGACUGACUUCUUUAUUAUUAUGCCCCCCUUCGAAGAAGAGGGGGUAUAUUGCUUUGCUCAUGUCUGUCGGUCCGUCCACCAGGUGGUUGUCAGAUGAUAAAUCAAGAACGCUUGGGCCCAGGAUCAUGAAACUUCAUAGGUACAUUGAUCAUGACUCGCAGAUGACCCCUUUUGAUUUUGAGGUCACUAGGUCACAGGUGAAGGUCACAGUUACUGGAAAAAGGCAUUUUAAGGAUUUAGCAUGGUUCAAACAAGGGAAACAACUACCGUUUAUGCAUGUUCUUUUGUUACAGCAUUUGCCUCCCUUGUAAUUUAUUUAAAUUUUACCAAAUGUAAGGCUAACUGCAUUUUUGUAAUGCAUUGUAUAAUAUAAACAUCGUGUAAAAAUGAAAUUAAGGUUGCACCGUCCACCAGGUGGUUGUCAGAUGAUAACUCAAGAACGCUUGGGCCUAGGAUCAUGAGACUUCAUAGGUACAUUGAUCAUGACUCGCAGAUGACCCCUUUUGAUUUUGAGGUCACUAGGUCACAGGUGAAGGUCACAGUUACUGGAAAUAGGCAUUUUAAGGAUUUAGCAUGGUUCAAACAAGGGAAACAACUACCGUUUAUGCAUGUUCUUUUGUUACAGCAUUUGCCUCCCUUGUAAUUUAUUUAAAUUUUACCAAAUGUAAGGCUAACUGCAUUUUUGUAAUGCAUUGUAUCAAUAAACAUCGGGCAAAAAUGAAAUUAAGGUUGCACCACCACCACCACCACCACCACUGUCGUUGUUCACAGUGACAAAAAACGUAUUCACACAAUGGCUGCUACUACAACGUAUAGCCCAUAUAGGGGGGGCAUGCAUGUUUUACAAACAGCCCUUGUAUAUUUUUAUGCUCCCCGAAAUAAAAUUUCGGCGGAGCAAAAAUUUCGGCGGAGCAUAUAGUUGCCAGUUUGUCCUUCCUUCCUUCCUUCCUUCCUUCCUUCCUUCCUUCCUUCCUUCCUUCCUUCCUUCCUUCCUUCCUUCCUUCCUUCUUUCCGUCACACUUUUGUUACCGUUUCUCAUAGCGCCUUCAAUACUUUACCGAUCUCUUUCAUAUUUGGCAUGUAGGUACCUUGCAAGGACCUCUACCUUUUGAUGAGGUUUGAGGUCACUGGGUUCAAGGUCAAGGUCACCGAGGCUAAUAAUAGAUUUUCCGUCACACUUUUGUUACAGUUUCUCAUAGGGCCUUCACUAAUUUACUGAUCUCUUUCAUAUUUUGCAUGUAGGUAACUUGCAUGGACCUCUACCUUUUGAUGAGGUUUGAGGUCACUGGGUUCAAGGUCAAGGUCACCAAGGCUAAUAAUAGAUUUUUUAAGGUCGUUAUUAACACCUAGAUUGACAAAGCGCAUCAUUGGGGAGCAUCCAUCGUUUCCAACGAUACUUGUUUCCCUGGUUAUUGUAUUUAUUUAAAACUAUUCCAAAUGUUAUAGUUUUGUUAGCAAAUUAAUUUAAAGAAAUUUUAAAAGAUACGAAAAUCUGUGAAGAAGUCCCCUCAUAACAUUAUUUUUUAUCACUUUAAUAUUUUAUGUUGUUGCAUGCAUGCUUUAUUAUUUUCAAUUGAUCAAGAUAUUAAUGCAUUGUGAAUCAUGCUAGUACCGAUAUGUAUGUUUAUUGCAGCUUUAAGAACAAUUUCCAUUAUAAAUUAUCAUGAUUAUAGAUAAAGCAUAUAAUGGGAAUAUGCUUGCCGUCCUAUUAGUAUUUGUGCAAAACCUAAAACCUAAUAGCCUCAAAAUAGGGUUGCUAUCAACUUUGUUAUAUCUCUGCAUCCUAAGUUUUAGCUGUUAAGUUUACAAGGUAUAAAGUAUGUCUUUAACAAUAAGUUUGGUGAAAAUAAAGUAAUGCUUUUUUGCGAACUUAGGUAUACAUUAUUCAAUAGCAAAAAAGUUCGAAGUUUCGAAAAUAAAAAGGAAUAAUUAAUGAUUUAUUUGAACCUUUAAAUAUGCAAAAAUAAUCUGAUCAAAAUUUUAUAAGAACAUUCAGUUGAGAGAUUGUUUGUAUACAUGAAUCAUUAUGUAUGAACUUGUUGUGUAUUUUGUGUGGAAUAUUAUAUAAAUAAACAGAAACUGUACA